AUGCCGCCUGGCAAUAUCUCAAAUGAUCUAUCAAACUCUCAGCUAUACGAUUUGUUAAUAAAAGCCAUUAAGGAUCAUAUAGAAGUACUCAAAUCAGAAAUUAAUAUAAAUAUACAGGAUUUGUCUAAUAAAGUCGAAACUGUAGAUACGAAAGUUGCUAUUGCAAAUGAUAUACCUUAUGAGGAUAGGCAAGUCCAACGAGUUUUGAAAGUUCACCUUCGAAAUGCUAAAAGACAAAAUAAUCGAGCUAGAAUUAGGGGAAAUAAAUUAGAAAUUGAUGGAAAGUUUUUUACUCUUGAUGAUUUAAGUAAUUUGGAGGUACUGGCAUCUGAAAAAGAUGAUUCAUACGGAGAGGGAGAAGAAGAGGAAGCAGAAAACGAAUAG